AUGGAAUUAGACAAUAAUAUAUCAUCAAAUGUCUAUACAACUUCAAAAAAUGAAGAAAAGAAUGAAAAAUUAGUUCCAAAAUUUUGGGUCGAUAAAUAUAAAAAAGAAGCUUCAAAGAAUUGGGAUUUAUUUUAUAAAAGAAAUACUACUAAAUUUUUUAAAAAUCGUAAUUGGGUUGGACGUGAGUUUCCAGAACUUUCAUUUGAGAGCGAUCUCAAGCAAGAACGAAAAGUCAUCUUAGAAUUAGGUUGUGGAGUAGGAAACUUUAUGUUUCCAGUUUUAGAAUCAAAUCCUAAUUUCUUUAUUUACGCCUGUGACUUUUCAAAACGUGCUAUCGAAUUCAAUCAUGAACAGUAUGAUAAUUCAAGAUGUCAUGCCUUUGUUUGCGAUUUAACAACUGAUAAUUUGAAAGACAAUAUACCAUCAGGAAAUAUAGACGUUGUUUCAUUAAUAUUUAUAUUGUCAGCUAUACCACCGGAAAAUCAUUACACUGUAAUUCGUAAUAUAUCAGAGGUUACAAAAAAAGAAUCAAUAAUAUGUUUUCGUGACUAUGCAAAAAAUGAUGAAACUGAAAUUAGAUUUUCAAGUAUAACAGCUCAGCAUAAAUUACAAGAAAAUUUAUACGUUAGACAAGAUGGAACAAUGUCUUAUUUUUUUACUCUUGAAUAUUUAAAGGAAAUAUUUGAAAAAAAUGGCUUCUUUGAAUUUGUUGAUGGUGGUUAUGUCGCAAGAGAAACUGAAAUUUCUUCAGGCGAGAUUUAG